UGGUUGAGCUUUUCUAUCACCCAGGCUGUUGUUGUGCCCAUAUGUCGUUCCAUACGGGCUGUAUCAUCUACCCCUUGCUUUGCAAUUUCGCUGCACGGAGGACGUCAAAAGAGAAAAAGCAGACCGAAUGAAACAUAUCCGCGGAAGCUUGAGAUUCAAAAAAAGUCAAAACCACAUGGUCUGUAUGUGUUGUUAUACAUCAAAGCUGCGUGCACGAUGGCCUGAUUGGCCUGUUCCCUCCCCCAUUUGUUCACUUCUCACAGGUUGGUACGGUUUCCUUUUCUCGUUUCUGCCGGCUGUGCAUUUUUUUUUUCUUGACAUUAUAUUCACUUGGCAUGAUCGUCGUCAUCAUUAUCAUUGUCCAUAUACCAUCAUAGCAGGGAGCCAGGCGAGUGGGUUCAUGUUGUUCUCUUUGCAUCCUUGUUUCGUGCCUGUCGUUGCUGAAAGAAUUUGUUCUUGCCUUUGUCACAUAUCACGUCGGUCAGGGUUGGGCAAUGGGUUCGGAUGUAGAUGUUGGAAUUUACAUACAAUAGAGAAAGAAGAAGAAAAAAAAAGAUCAAAAGUUUUGAUAAGUUUCAGCGUGGUUUGUUUUCAUAGAUCAUAUAGCGAAAGACUAUUUUCUUGGGGGAAGUCUGGUUGUCUGGGUCAAGCAUGCAAUUCGCUUGAUUUAACGACAUACAUAUACAGUUUAUUGAAGUGUCUCGAAAUGUGACGAGGUCAUGCAUUUCGAGCUAGAGACUACAGAGAGAAAGAAAAGUAGUAUAUAAAAGUUUUGCAAGAAAAAGGUUGGGAAAGUCCUAAUAGUACAGCAUAAGAAAGAAAAAAAGGCAAUUAAAAAAUAUGUGACGAGAAAGUGGAACAGUAAUGUAUGUAUGUACGGGUCAUGGCUCUCCGUGAAUGAAGCACAAA